UCCUGCUGCAAAUGUCUGACCGUCUUGGUGUUAGUUCUUUCCCUUUACCUCCCAUGCAAUAUGUGAGGUACUGUACUGAUGAAAAUAUGGCAAAAGGAAUACCAGCACCACCACCAACCCAGGAGAACUACACAGUAUUUGGUGUACCUUCCAACAUUAAUGAUCCCAUUCAGACAUUAGAAUCCCUAGGACUUACACAGUUAUAUCCUGAAAACCAUAAUCGUAAAAAGGAAAUGAAGAAACUGAACCAUUCCAUUCUUGUGUGCUUUCUAGAUUUGAUAGACAUACUUAUUCGGAACCCCAACUCUUCAGAUAGGCAAGAAAAACUGAAUGACCUGCGUUUACUAUUCAUAAACCUCAAUCAUCUUAUCAAUGAAAUCCGACCAAAUCAGGCCCGGGAAACAUUACGAAUGAUGAUGAUGAAGCAAAAGUGUCAAACAGUCAAACUAUUGAAUGAAUUUGAAGAAAAACUUGCUGAGGCCAAAGAAUUGAUAGCAAAAAGUAUACAAAAUCUGCAAGUUUCCAAUCCAGAUGAUUGUGAAGCUUUUAAAUUAUCUGGUUUGUUAGAAUCCGGGUCAUGUAUAUUGAAUGAAAACAUUGAAGUGACUUCUGAGUGUUCUGUACAAGACUAUACCAUCAAUACGAUAGAAUACUUAAAUGAAGUUUGUAAUUUUGGAAGAGAAGAUUCUGUAGUACAAUCUGAAGUGAAAAUGGAAAACAUUGACCGUAAAAGUAAAGUUUUAGAUGCCCAGGAAAGUAAUAGGGGCUUGGAUGCAACUGGAGAAAAGGCACGUUUUGAUUCUAAACUUUCAGUUAGAAAUACUGAUGAUGUGAAAAUAGAGAAUGAAGAUAUUUUAACCAAUACUUAUGCUAACAAAAAUCAGAAAGAUAUGGAAUUCACGGAUAGUAUGAAGGUUACAGCAGACUAUACUGGACUUUCAGAUAGCUUGCUUGCUGCUAAGAGUGGUGUGCAGCUGGCUUUGUGUGAAGUCAAAGCCAUAGUAGAAGAUGUAGACCUUUCAGAGUGUAAGCAAGAUGUUGUAAAUAAUAAGACAUGUACAGAUGUGAUAGAAAAUGGAGAGUGCAAUGUAAAACUGGAGAGAAAAAGUAAAGAUAGCUGUUCUGAAGGUAUUGCCUCUUCCCAAAGUAAAUCUGUGGAUGUGUGUUUCUCACAGAGUAAACAAGAUGAUGCACAAUCUAAACAGGAAGCUGAAAGGGACAGCAUACAUGAGGCUGGAGAUGAUUUACCACUCUUGCAGGGAGCUGAAAAUGAAGUGUCACUCAUUCAAGUUAGGCAAGGGCGGGAAGGAGAUGUGUCACUUGUGAAACAGGCUAAAGAUGAUGUGUCUCUUGUGCAGAAUGUUGAGGGUGAUGUGUCACUUAUGAAGAGUGAGCAAGGUGGUGAAAGCAAUUUGCAAAGCAAACAAGGUAAUGUGCCCUUCAGGCAAAAUAAAAAAGCUGAGGGUGACUCAAGACUUGUGUCACCAAAUCAGAACUUGGAAGAUGAUACUCAAUUUGUGCUGUAUAAACAAGAAAGUGAAAGAGAGAUGUUGUUUCAAAAGACAUCAGAUAACUUGGAUGCAAUGGAAAACAGAAAGCUGUUGGCUAGAGAUACAAAUGUAGAGGAGAGCAAAGAGGAGAUUUAUGAUGACAAAAAUAUUGGGGAAAACAAAGAGGAAAUUUAUGAAGAUACAAAUGUAAGGAAGAGCAAAGGAGAAAUAACUGAUGACACAAAUAUGGGAGAGAGUAAAGGGAGGGAUUGUGGAACAAAUGCUAAGGAGAGCAAAAAGAACAUACAUGAUGAUACAAAUAUAUGGGAGACCAAAGAGGUAACAGAUAUUGAUGGAGUAGUGGAGAGCAAGGAAGAGAUGACUUGUGGCAAAAUAUUAAUGACAAAUCAAGAAGAGAUGGCAGGUGAUAUGAGUGCUAUGAAGAAUCAAGAAGAGACAGCUAAUGACACAAAUGUGGUGGAAAGUCAAGAAGAGACUGCUUGUGUCACAAAUGAAGUAGAGAGUCAGGAAGAGGCUGACUGUGAUGCAAAUGAGGUGGAAAAUCAAGGGACAGCUUGCAACACAAAUGUAGUGGAGAGUCAAGGAGAGAUGGAUAGUGAUGUGAGAGGAAUGGAGAGCCAAGAUGAGAGGGGUGAUGACAGAAGCAUAAUGGAGACCAAGAAAGAGUGGGAGGGUAAUAUAAAUGUGGUAGAGAGCCAAGAGGAAAUGGCUGGCAAUGCCAGAAUAAUGGAAAGCCAAGCGCCAUCGGAAAGUAACAUAACUACUGAUGAUGAUCCUGACAAUGUAAGUACCUUGCAGAGUAAACGGAAACAUGAUGAUGAUGUGGGUCGUGAACGAAUGAAGAAAAAAUUGGAAGGUAACUUUUCAAAUUAAGCAAAAGACUAAAGAACUUGAAACUUGGUAUUAAUAUGCACAAUUCUGAGAAAGACUUAGUGCAGGUUAUUCACAAUUCAGAAAAUUGCUACUAGUAUAAAAAAUUUUUGAAGUGACGUAAUGAGGGUUUUGCAUGUACAAAUCCAAAAAUGUUGAUGUUGUAUGCACAAUUCCAAAAUGGACUUAGUGCAAGUUACUGACAAUAUCAAAGAAAGAAAAAACGGACUUGGUGUGCAAAAUUCUAAAGCAGUUGGUGUAGCUUAUGUCCAAUUCUGUGAGACUUACACAGUAAUUCCAAAAUGAUCUUGGUGCUCAUGCAAGUUAUGCACAAAUAAAAGAAAUUCUUGAUGCAGGUUAUUUACAAUUCUGAAGAUGAAUUGCAGUUCAUGCACACUAUGCACAAUUCCAGAAAGGAUUUAAGUGUCUGUAAAGUUUAUACAUAAUUCUGAAAAGGACUAGGUAGUAGUACUAGUACAGAUUUUAUGCACAAGGCUGAAUAUAAUUUUAAUUAACAAAGCUACAGGAACAUGCAGUGGACCAAAAGUAACAGAUAAGUGUAAUUAUGUGAAAAUUGGUUAAUUACUAAGAAUGUUGCAUUUGACUGGAUGCAAGAAUUUUAUAAGUUGUGGCAAAGUAUGAAGAAUUAUUUUUUUUGAUUUUGCUGAUAUGGAAAAGGAAUUCCACAUCAUUCCACCAGGCUCUUAUCAACUGAGACCAUACCAACUGAGAAUCAAACUCUAUUUUAUAUUUAUCAACACUGUUGCACUGCCAAAGAUAAUGUCUUUGGUUUUGCUUGUGUCUUUGUUUCUGACAGUACUGUCUGUUCAUUACAACUGUAAAAUGACCACCUCAACUAAACACAGUCCCACCCACUCCACAUCUCUGUUGAUUCACCAAGAAGUGAUAAAUUACAGAACUCUUAUAUAAUUGUAGAUUGUUCUUAAAUACAUUAUAACUGAAAGGUUCAUAAUUCCAAAACUCCUAGUUACAUACUUCUGAUUAUCCAGCUGGCAAUCUGACCCUCAUUUACUUUGAAAUAUCUGUUUGAAUAUAUUUUGAAAUCUAUGAAAGUUAUAAAGGAAUUGCUUGCCUUUGUUCUUUAAAAAAUAGAAAACAA